AUCACGACGUCGGUAACGCCAAAGCCAUCUCCAAAUGCCAGCAACCGCUAUACACCAGUAUCGUGUCUCUUCAUAGACAUGCCUCUGGACAUUGUAUCGUGGCUGCGCGACGUUGAGGACGCCCCCGUAUGGUCUCCCCAACUGCCUCCAUCACCGCAGAAGCAGACUCAACCACUCCUUGACUGUAGCCGCAAGCGCAAAUACGAUCGACCAUCUUCAGCAGGUCACCUUGCGCAUCCGACUCCUCCUCCCGAUUCGCCGAUAUCCCACGACGACCGAGAAAAAUAUUCCAGUAUCGAAAUGCCUUCCUCGAAGAAGAGGAAGACUAGCCCCGGCACACCUACUACACUGCCCUCGACCACGGAUGGCUACGGCCAAGACGAAGACGACAAUAACGACAACAACGAUGCGAAUAACCGCAUGGGCGACGAAUAUGACCAGACACCUCGCCCUCCUCGACGCCGCCACGUCCCCAGCGACGCCUCAUCUCUCUCUUCCGCAACGCGAUCCAGCACAAGCACAAGCGGGCUCUCCGGAGCCUCAUCACCACGCAAACGCCUCGCCGCCAUGGCUCUCUCUGACUGCGGCGUCCAGAUCCGCGCCAUGUCGGAUCCUUCAUUGCUGCCGCCUUCGCUCGCUGCCAUCCGAGCGAAGCUGAUGCUGUGUGCCCGCGGUCGGGGGAUUCUGGGCGCAUCGGCCAAGGACUCCCUCUCGGCUGGCCAGAUGCUGCACCCAGACAUGGAAAUCCUGCAGACAGACCCGGAGUUUUACUUUUCGUCAUCGCGCGACGAGCUGGGAUCUACACCAUCGCCGCAGGACGUCCUCUAUCUCCUCGAAUGCGCUGCCGACUGUCUCCGUCUGGACCGCUCUGAGCCGGCGUGGAACAAUGAGGUUCACUUCCCGUUGUUGUCUCUGGCGCUUCGCCCGCGCGUUAUUGGAAGCGUAUUCAAGCGUCUGAUCAAAGUUACGACCUGUUCUACUGCCUCCCUCAUCAAGGAGUACCGAACCCUCCAUGCACCUCACAAGAAGAUUGACUUUUGCGUCUACAUCGAUGCCCAAUACGACUCAGAUGGCGGUAAAAUGGCCUCGCAUAUCGAUACCCUACGUGCUCGACUCCCGCUGUUGUCCAUCAACCCAACCGACGACCUCCCGCUGUUGUGCCAUCCAAUCGCGAUUCCCAUCGAGACUAAGCGCCCUGGUGAAGGCUUGGACACGGCAAAUUUGCAGGUUGCAACCUGGCUAUCGUCACACUUUGUGUUUUUGCAACGUCUUGUCGACGCCGGCUCACUGUUGCCGUCUGAUGAUGAUCAGCCUGUGCCAUCCCUCAAUGAUAUUGGUUUCCUCCCGGGCCUCAUUGUUCAGGGCAAUAUGUGGACCUUUGUCGCUGCGACCCGCGAAGGCUCUCGCACGGUAAUAUGGUCUGGAACCACGAUUGGUUCUACCGGUGAUAUUUUUGGAAUUUACCAGAUUGUCACGGCUCUACAAAUGCUUUGCAGCUGGGUAAACACCGUGUAUUGGCCUUGGCUGCGUCGCGUCAUCCAACGUGCGGCUACAGCAAUCAAUGCCAACAGACCUUGAGCUGGUUGACGACAACAACGAUUGUAACGAUUUAACGAUUAUAAUGAUGACGGAGAUAUGAUGACUAUGACACAACAGCAUUCUGGCAUGUUAGGCGGGUUUUGGCCUGGGUUUCUUUAUAGACAAUAGGAUUAAUGGGAGUUCGGAGCAGGAGCUAAGUUUCCUGAGCUUACUAGCGGUGUCGAUUAGGGCAUGGCCUGCUAUUGAUCUCGCAGAGAGGUUGUAGAACAUCGAAUGCUUCUUGCCACCUCGUUCCUCAAGGUUGGGUUUGAACGAAUUAAGACCAGUGGGGGUAUUAGAUGAGCAUCUCCCCCAAAAUAAAGAAGUGACAUCCCCAAACACGGC